CGCGCAUACACCUGUAACCACUGGCAACCAAACAUCGCUACGGAUGAACGGAGAAGAAAACGUGUGGAGAGGAUUUCAAGCUUCAGUGUUUUAAUAAUCGGUAAAACGACAUGUUUAUUUUAUUCGUCAUUUAGCUGAUAAACGGUCGAUGUGACGUUCGGGAGCUGCUUCUCCUGUGGGAUUUACUAAAACAGCCAAGAGUUGAAACUUAAUCCCGAGAGCUCUCUGACCACAGUGGCCUAUGCUAAGCUAAGUGGUUAGCAGGCAAGUACAUAAUGCUCCACUAACUUUAAAGUUAAGUUAUUCUGACGUGUUGUAGCUGUAUUAUGAUACUGUCACGUGAUAAUGUCACACCUGUGGAGUUAUACUAGCUAGCAGUGAUGAAAAGUACUUCCUCAUACCUCGAAGGGAAAUAUUUACUAUAUAUUUUUUCACAACUACACAGCAAAAUCGAAAGUGUUGGAUGUUCAGUGUUAGGGUUGAGUGUUAAAAUAUAGAGUUAUUUCAACUCAGGUUUAGUGUUAAUCAACUCUAAGAGAGUUAUUGUUCAAAAUGAGUUGGUGUUAAUACAGGGAGUCAAAUGGCAUAAUCUGCAAACAACUCUACAGUGUUGAUUUUACACUCCAGCUCGUGUUACCCAUCCCCCAGAAGGCCGCAUGAUUGAAAGAGGCGGGAGAUUGUUUGACGCAGCCAGACAAACACCUUAAGACUCUUUUCUGUGGACUGGACAUGUUCAGACAUCAUUCCAACUAGGAUGAUACGUGUGUAAGUAUGUCUCCGCAUAUGUCUCUUCAUUAAAUGUUCUACCCUAGUGUGUAUUUCUACAGGUAACAUUAACGUUGGAAAAGGUAUAUCCAGCUCAGCAUGUUUAGCUAACCGAAUAGCAUAAAAAAGAAUGUUUAUCUAGCCAAAGACUGUGAUGUUAGCCAAGUAGGAUGAAUAGUGAUAUUAUUUCUCAUUAAGAAAUUAGAAUAAUCAACACACGUUGCAAUCACGUUAUAUUAUGAACCGUAAUUGUAAUUUUUUUAAAGAAUUCUGUAAUGGUAGAGCACAGACAUUUAUUUUGAAGGCAGGUUAACAAUUAUCCUAUGUUGUCCACUAUUUUCUUUUCUUUUCGUUUAUUACUGCCAUUUCGCCCACAUGUGUUUAUUAAAUUAUUUAAACAAGUCUAUUGGGCUUCAUAUUAAGGUUAGACACUUUUAAAUAAAGAUAAAUGUGUGGGGGUUGUCGUGAAAUGUCAAGAGCAUUUUAUUUUGACUGCAUUUAUCUCACUGUUCCGUUAGCUUUACUUCCUCUUAGUGUCGGGACUUUUCGGGGUAAGCCACGUUUCCACUCUGCUCUUUGCACUUUCUUAGUUUUGGUUCAAAUUUAAACUGAAGUUAUUUGAAAUACAUGGAAAGUCAAUGUAUUAUCAUGUGGACAUUAUCUACUUGCAAUUUAAGUUAUUUUGUAUGUCCGUGUGUCGAUGUCUGUGGGUAGGGCUGCCAUGUGGCUAAUGUGACCGGAAAAACGCAAAUGUCAGAAGGAGUAAAGUAAUUAAAACAUGCUUUGGACAAACAUGUCUGCACAAUGGAGACGUAAAGAGAUGUGCAAGCUUGCUGUUCUGGCCGACACAUAGUUAGCUAAACAGAAGGUCAGGCUCAGGCUCUUUUAAGCCCCUUUCAUACUCCAAAAAUGUCCUGACCUGGAGAAUGCGCGACCCGCUUUCGUCGGGUUAAGCGAUUUAUGGACCCGCUUAAGGAAAACGUCCUCCAGUCGAAUUAAAGAUUAUCCGUGGCUCCAUGAUUCGGCGUGGUUUGCCCAAGUCUGGGGUCCGAAUUUCGAUCACUUUGGGCGGGUUGAAAAUCUAAAAAAUGUCCUCCAUAACGGGCGGGUAACCUGUGGCAUAGAAAAGGCAAGGGGAAAACAAAACAUGAGUUUUAGACUUUUCAUGAAUGUUUUUUUCUUUUCUUUGUAGGACAAUAUGCUGGUCAAGGUGAUAUUUGGUUCAAGUCAGAAGUAUGUUCAGGUGGCAGAAACCGAAGCAGGCUAUGAAGACUACAAUACAUUUAUUGAGAGUAAUAGGAAAGUUAGGUCUUCCUCUACAGACAGACUUGCACUUGACGGAUCAAUCAGGGACAGAGGUGGAUGCAGAUGUGUUUGAGGAACUUUUACAAGCAGGGGACCUUACCGUCAAUGUGUCCACAGAAAAGUCUGGAGUUGUGCUUCAACCAGAGCUAGCAGAAAUUUCCUUUGAGUCGAAUGUGUCAGACACCGUAUCCUCUGUGCCUUCUGAUUCAUCUGAUGCAACAAUAACUCUUGAGAACGAUGGUGGGAGGAAAAGGACCCACGACGAUCGGGAAUCAGCUGAAGCGAUGGUGAGAGAUGUUCUUCAGUCCAAGCCAGGGGGAGUAAAAGUGUUGCAUGAAUAUGACAAAACGAAGACAUUGACGGAUGGUACCCGGCGACAUAUGAUAAACCUACUGGUGGCUGACAUGAUUGAAGUUCAUGGGAGGAUCCCACCAACCUAUGUGCGAACAAAAUACGCUCUUGGCACUACCACUCUAUUUCCUUACCUGGGGAUCCUUAAUCAACAAAUGGAUAUGAGCACUUCUAUGAUGCUGACAGUGGAUCUGGUUAUUUGGCCUGAAGGAUAAAGACAGUCCAGCGCGACACUGCAGUUCUAUCUCGGAGAUGCUCAACCACCUGUACCUAUCAAGCUGGACCAAAGAGCAAGAGACAUUUUUGUUGUCUGGGCAGCUCUCCUCAGAUACGUCUGGCUGGGACAGUGACCUGUCAAGCAUCCUACUGCUGGUUCACCUACUUCCCCCUACUGCAAAAGGACCCAAGAAGAGUCCUAAAAUUAGCUCGCAUCAAGCAAUCAAACUUGUGAGAUAUUUGAGGAUUGGCGCCAGUGUUGAGACCUUCCUUGAGAGUUUGGAACCAGGACAACCCAUCCUCCUGUGUGUCGGUGAAGAGAAGAACAACAUCCAAAGAUUCUAUGUCAUCGUUGACCACAAGGCCAUCCCUUGCAAGGCUCAGACGUCCCUGGCAGCUUUCGAUGAACUCUUUAAGGCCCACUUCAUCUUCAGUGUUCACUACCACGAAUCCCUUAACAGCUUCUACACAUUCAUCCAAACAACUGUGUUCAACAUUGAUGUGGGAAGUACCAAGGAAAGUCCUCGUGUGAAGGAGCUCAGAGCAAGACUGCUGAACACAAGUAUCUGAGGUGACGCACAUCCUUGGAUGCAAAUAUGUUGAUUUGUUUUAUCUGCAAGUUACACCACAGAAGUUCUAUGUUGCUUUGUAAGCAUUUGAGAUUUUACCAUGGUUUAUAUCCAGGAAAGACAUUACGUUUGAAAUGUGGACAGCCAGAAUGUUCUAUAUUAUUUUUCACUUAUUCAGGGUUCAAGAAACAACUUAUUCGUUUGCACCGGGACACUGUUUCAACAAAUACUGUCACUGUCACUUCAGUGCUUAUUGUAUCAAGGAGAGGGAUGAUUCAUUUUAUGUUGUUUCUAUUGAUGAGUUGAUUUAUUAUAGACCCUAUGAUAAACAGUUAUCUAAUGAGAUGGAUGAAAAAAUAUACAUUGUGCCAUGUUGUGUGACCCAUGCUAUUGUUUUGUGUGACCUGUACUAUUGAGGCUGCCAUUUAAGAAAUGUUAUUUUAAUGCUAUGUUUGUGGUGGGCUUGAAAAUACAAUUUUAUUUGAACAAA